AUGUCUAUCAAUAUUCGACAAGCAACGCCCGCCGACCAACACGCCAUCGACGCAAUCAUACAAGAAGCCUUCUCUAUCUACAUCGGUCGCAUAGGAAGGAAGCCACAGCCGAUGCUAGACGACUACACCACACUGAUCAAAGACGGAGUCGUCUAUGUGAUCGAGGGUGAUGGUGAAAUAAAAGGCACCGUCAUGCUUGUUCCUCAGGAGGGCGCCAUGAUUGUGGAUAAUUUAGCCGUUGCUCAGUCUGCACGGGGCACUGGGCUGGGUCGCAAGCUAUUGGAAUUUGCUGAUGAGUCGGCUCGGUUGGCAGGCUAUCAGACUCUCCAGCUGCAUACUAAUGAGACCAUGGUUGAGAAUAUUGCCAUAUAUACCCGAAUGGGGUAUGCGGAGACACAUCGUGCGGAUAAUAAGGGGUGGAAGCGGGUUUAUAUGGCUAAGAAUUUGGAUUGA